AUGCUUUUACGGCCUCCUUCCCUGCCAAUCCUCCCGGCUGCCCUGCUGCCGCUGGUGCAGUCGAUUCUCGUGCCCUCUGGGUCGCCAUGCGCUGCCAACUGCGGGAACAUCUUGGACAAGACGUCGCCCGAGGACUUGGUUUGCAAACAGGGCAGCUUUUCGACCGAUCCCACGGGGCAGCAGUUUGCUGGGUGUGUCGACUGCGAGAGAUCCAGCGCGUACCACAGCGGAAACGACAGCGAUAUCCAGUCCAUGCUCUAUGAACUCGCUCGAGAUAACGUCCGCUACGCAUUGUCGUACUGUGUCUGGGGCGAUGCGCCGACACGCAAUCCCGAGGUCACCAACACGCCUUGUAUCACUACCAAGGCAUGCGGCCCGUUCAAGGAUGCCGUGCAGUACCGAAACCUGUCUUCCACGGCCCGCGCCUACCAGUACUGCGAUGCUUGGCCGUCGAACGAUACUCCAGACUUCGAGGGCUGCACCGAUUGCCUAAACGCAGAGGGCAGGCAGUACAUGGCCAACUUCGUCGUCGCCCUCCAGGCUGGCUGCGAGCAGAGACCGUCGGCGGGCCUCUACAUUGGGCUCGACGGCGAGCUGUUUUCCACCACGGCCGUGGAGAUGACGACGCCGCGCCCCACGGCAUCCGUCGGUCCAGACGGGCUUGACCACGGCCCCUUGAGUCUCGGUGCCAAGGUUGGCAUCGCGGUCGGGGCGUCGGUAGCACUCCUCGUCACUGCCGGAUGCUGCAUCGUCUGGAAGGGGAAGCGCCGCCGGAGGGCGUACCUGCGAACUCUGGACACCAGAGUCGCUCGAGGGGGGUGGCCGUCGCCGAAUAGCCAGCGAGAAAUGGGCCAGGCUCCCGGGUCGCAGUCCCUUCGCGGCCACGACGACACCCCCCUCAGCCAACGACCUCUGCGGGGCCACGGAUGGGAUGACGCUCCCUCUCGGGGCUGGGAUGAUUCGCCGGUGAAUGCCAACGCCGAGAAGCCCUUCACCAGAUACUUCUCGCCGUACUCCAGCCAGUACAACAGCCCGAUCAGCGCUCGUGACGGGCUGACGAUGCCGUGGCCGCGAGGAGCACCACCCCAGGAUCAUCAUGCUGGUGCCGCGUCCGGUGGCGAGGGCUCCUCUGGGCCUCGGGGCGCAGUUUCAGACGACAAGGGCACGGCAGGACCGGAGGAGGCCUAUGAGAUGCACCUGGUGGACAGUGGCGAGAGCCGCAGCUCAAAAAGCCAACAACGGCCCAUGGGAAGAAGCGAGGCGCCUGCGUUGAAUCAUGCAGGCGAUGGGAACGUACCCUCGUGUCAGGCCGCGCCGACUGGACACCAUGGCACACGCGGAAAUGUCGUUUAG